CAUCGACGUCCUCGCAUACACCUUGCAUCUUCUCACUCAGAACAAUGACGACAACGGCGCUGCUUUUCGCCCUUUGUUUGUUGGGACUGGCUGCCGCGCAAGGAGGCUUUGACUACGAUUCCCCAGAAGAAAAUCCCGACGACAACCCAGUCAUUGAUAUCUCCUCGGAAGAAAUCACCACCAGCUUUCCGGAAACUACACCUGCAGGAGUGGGAAGCCAAAUCCUCAGACAACAUAAGGCCCUGAUAAAUAAGAUACAGACGAUGAUUCAGAAUGGCAAGGAUAGUGAACGGAAUCUGACAUCUCUGCGACGCGUCGUCGCUAGAAAGAUGCGGAGAGAGACCAACCAAAACAAGCGGAAGCAGCUCCAAAGUCGAAUGAAAGAGCUCACGCGCCUCAUUACUAACCUUCGCGACAGGAACACCAAGGCGCAAAGGGAGCUCAACAAAUUCUUGUCCAAGGUGAACUCGGGCCAAAUCACGAGCACGAGGGAGGCGUACAAAAUUCUUAAGAGUAUCUACCAAAAGCAGGUGGUUCCUGUGAACAACCUAGCUCACAAGGCGAAGAUUCUCACAUGGAAGAUUACCAAAUUUAUCAAGAAAAUAGUUAAAAACAUAGGAGGAAUAGUGAGUAACAUUUUUGGUGCAAUCGGAGCUGCUACAGACAACCCUUGAGCCAGCUGUCUCCAGUAGCUGCUGCGGAACCGCUUUUUUUCCCCUCUUCUAAAGUAUCGCAUUGUCGAGGACAGUAGUUUGCACUAUUACGGAAUGAAAAAAACGCUUGUGUUGAUUGCUUUUUGCCUCCUAAUAAACGUCAAAUUUAUGGGGUCCGGA